GUACUGUUAAAACAUUAAAAGAAAGUAAAGAACCUAUCACCAAAUAUUUGUCUAAGUCGCACACAUCCUCUCAGAGCUUCUACUUUUGGUCACAAGUAUCUGGCAACUCUGAUCGUUAGUUCAGUAGUAUAGUCUUACUGUUGGGUGGAGGAAGAUGUGGCUGUGAAUUCUUCUAUACUCUCAUCUAGUUAAUUAUCCUCUCAACAGAAUGGCCACAGUUAAAUAUUUAUUACUUAUUUUAAAUAUAUAUUUGUGUAUAUUAUAUUCUAGAGCUGUAUUACAGGCUAGUGUCUGUGGUCAAAUAGACUUCUGUAACCAUAAUCAGUCCCAUCUCUGCUGCCCUGCCUGUAAGAAGUCAGAGCACACUAUGUCCUGUACACACCAGCUGAGGACGGAGGAGAGUGAAGAUGCAAGUUGUGAGGUGCAACGCAUUUCUGAAGAGUGUUAUAUGGAGGCCCCGUCAUACCCACCAAGCAAAGAUGACUUGUUGGUCAAGGUAAAAAGGUAUUAUUACCAUGACUGGACUACAUCAAGGACGGUGUUCAACAUUACUUUUCCUUCGGCCGGAUGGAACGUUCUCAAGUUUCGGUACCAAGACCUGGACGACGGGAAUAGUAAACCUCUGUGCCGUAAAUUCACCCUGGCUAACGUCAGCAUUCCCCUGAGUGACGAGAUCUUUUGGGACUGUCCGGUCUUUGUUGGUUCAGCAGCACGACAGAUAAGACUGACUGUCAUCACCGACGAAGGGAAAGGCGGCACUUAUUCCUUCAAAACUUCCACGGCAGACAAGAUAGAUCCUUGGAAGACAAGGCUUCAAGACUGGCAAGUGUUUUUCUACUUACAUGACAACCACAUCGGACGGUCCCCGCACCUGCCUGUCACCAUCCAGUUGGCACCGUUUUAUAAUGUCUCGUACAACAUCUCCCUCGUCAAGUGUGUGGAUGAUGAUGGUGGUGUCUCCUGCUCUCAAAGGACCGUCCUCGCUUCUCACAAAUUCCAUGCACCUGAAAAUAUAUCAUCUGAUGAGGACAUCCUAGAAACAAAGCUCCUACAGCUGUGGCACAACCCCGGCACCUAUGCUGUGACGGCUCAGAUCCUCUCCUCUGAGUGCCCUGAUGGGUGUGCUGUGGCCAUGUCUCCACCGUUCAGUGUUCCACAGAGCAAGUUAGGAUUAUGGAUUUGUGUUGGAUUCGGGUUCUUGCUGAUUUUCACCUUUGCAUUUACCUUCACCCUACAACACCGCCUGAAGCAGAAUAAGAAGCUGCUGCUGACGGCGAAGGACAACACCCCAACACUCCUCUUGAUAUAUCUGCCGGAAAAUCAACGUUGCUUGGACCUGGUGAACAAGUUGGCACACUUCCUGAAGCACGUGUGUUAUGUCCACCCAUUUGUGAUAGAUGCAGAUGUGGGUAGUAAGGCCCCAAGCUGCUGGACAAGUGAACAUAUGAACAAAGCAGAUCGCCUCCUGUUCCUUGUGCCCGGUAACCCAGACGCUGAGAGCAUCACCCCAAUCAGGGACCACUGGGUGUAUGCCCUACACUACCUUACAGGGCACUACUUCACUACAAAUCAAGUCACAAACAAGGUGGCCACAGUUGUUCUUCCCUUCAGCGCCAGGGUGCCUCAUCAGAUUGCUAAUGUCCAGCGGUUCAGACUAAUGCAAGACAUAAACUCACUUGUGACUUGGAUACACAGUGGAACAUGGAUGGACAGUAAGUUUCUGUGGGGACCUCAGAUCAGGUCACCAGCACAAGAGAAGAUUACCUACACUUUUUCAGAUAUUAAACAAGCCGUGCACGAUGCCUGCCAGGUGACUAAAUGUUGUAAUGACUAUAAAAUGGAUAAGAUCUCAGAUGAGGAGUUUUUCUACAGUGAGGACAGCACAAAGGAGAAGACUUCCCCUAAGAGUUCUGUACAGGAUGUCGAGAAAAACACUUCUCAACAGUAUCAAGUUUUGACACAUCCACAGGAUGGUGAUGAUGAUGAUCCCUUUGAUAAACAACUGCUCGACGUUGAGGAGUUGCCCAUGUUGGGGGGAGACACCGGAACAGUGCGUGAUCAUUACCCGUCCUCGGAUGACAACUCGGAUGAACUAGAUGACAGCAUUUUUCUGUGAGUUUUUUCCACAUAAUUCUUGAAGGGGUAUUGGAAUCACUGGAAAGUUUAUCUCUGCUUGAGUGAUCACAAGAAAACUUCUCUUUAAUAUUAAAUUGUUAAAAUUGUCUACAGAUAUGAACAACAAACCUCAAGUGUAAUAUAGUGAAGGAGAUACAAGGCUUAACAUAAACAGUGGUGCUACCAACUUGUCCAGAUAUGAAAGUCUGCCCCACAGUUAUGUUAGACAGUCUGACCCACAGUAAUAGUAGACAGUCUGACCCACAGUAAUAGUAGACAGUCUGACCCACAUUUGUAUUUUCUUAUGCUGUUUCAUGAGGGAAUCUGAAAUGGUAUUGAUGCUGAGUUUGAGGUUUAGUUUGUCUGGGUAACAUCCCAGUUUGUUUACUCCUAUUAUUGUACACUAUUCCCAUUUGGUCUUCUGUACAAUACUCUCUGGGUCCGGUAAAAUAACUUUCAGAGAUCAUUAAGUGAUACUAGACAUUGUGGGAAUAUGUGACAUUUUCAGAGUAGACAGAAAAGGAAUAGACAAAAGGGACAUAAACCAGUGCCUUCACAACUGAUUUAGUUUUCUCAACAUUAAUUGAACUAAGGUUCUGCCCAAGGCUAAUUCCAUACCCCUGAGGUCUAAGUACAAAUGAACCAAAAUGGUGUACAGUACAGAAAACUGAACCAGUACAGUAUAUAGAACAAGGUACUGUACUGUACAUUAUAGUGUAGGCAGAACAAGAUAUGACUAUAAUAUAAUGUUAAUUAUUAUUGUAGAUGCCUAGGGACUUAAAAACACCCAGUACAGUGUCUGUGUUUACAGACUUAACUUCCUUUAUCCAGAUGUACAGUAGCUAAAAGAACUAUCUGUGCAUACAUUGUGGGAAACAAUAUGAGACCAUGGACGAUAAAUAUUGGUAUAUGAGGGCUGUCACUAGUCACACGGAGGGAUGUCACUAGUCACACGAAAAAUUUGGGAGCAUAUCGACCCCCUCCUGCACAGAUAGUUGUUUUAGCUACUGUACGUGAACCAGAAACUCAUUUGGUCCAGAAACCUCUAGAUUAGUCAUGUCAAUACAAUAUUAGGUGUUCCAUUUUUUUUAAGUAACUAACACUUAAGUGUUAUUGUAACAAAAUAAGAGAACAGAUCAAAAAUAUCUUCAAGUUGACACUAAAUUUUAAAAGAUUGAAUUAUAACUCAUAAAUAAUGUAGUACUGUAUCAGGUUCUUAUGAUGUUUCUACAAAACAAUGGCAAUGCUCAAUGGCACUUUGUCAACUUCAUUUUAAAAUAAUUAUAUUUUUAAUAUUAA